AUGAACUCUGAGAUAAUGGAAUGGACUAUAAUGAAGGAGAAACUCUCCUGUAGAGGACGUUGCUUUGAAGCUUUUGUAAGAGGAAGAGAGUGCGACUGUGAUGCAGACUGUGAAAAAUAUGGCAAGUGCUGCUCAGACUAUAAUAAGCAUUGCAAAGAAGUCCAUACUGUGAAAUCAUCGCACUCUUCCGCAACCACUCCUUUGGUCAACAAGUCAACAACAAAGCGUUCUCCUAAAAAUGGAAAGAAGAGGACGCCAAAGAAAGUAGUAGAAUCCCAUGAAGUCAUGGAAGAGCAAGAACUGGAAAAAAGUCAAAUUGAUGGGCCAGGAGAAAUUUAUGAGGAGGUUGGCAGUGGACUGGACAAUGUGGAGAUCAGGCCUUCUCCCAUUACAAAGGAACCUGAUGAAGAUAUUUCAAGACUAGAAAAUAAAGGUACAACAGUGGCAACUUUGUCAGAAGAUCGUACUAGCCAGACCCCUACCUCUCAGUCAGAUAAAACUAGCACACACCUCAAAAUGGCUACUACAAAACCAUUAACUACAAAAAUGAAUCUACCACCUAGUACACCAAGUAUGGCUAAGGUCUCAACAUUACCCACUACAAUUAAAGACACCAGAACUACAGCUUUGAAAGUGACAACUACUGCAGAUAAAGGAAAAACUGUAGGUAAACAAGACACAACUACUGCAGAUACAAAACCAACAACAAUAGCUAAGACAAGCACUACAACAGCAGCUAACAAAGCAACAACAGCUACAGUUAACGAGGUAACAACUCCUGCUAUAGAUGUAGUAGCAACAGAUAAGAAGUCUACCACAACAGCAGGUAGAGAAGAAACAACAGCGAUAAGAGUCACAACUACUGCUCCUAGAGUGGCAACAGUAGCUGCUAAGGACACAACUACAGCAGGUGGAAAGGCAACAACAACGGCUAAAAGAGAGACCACAGCAGAUAAAAAAGAUAUGACUCCUGUAGCUAUAAAAGAUACAACUACAGCAGUUGUAAAGACAACAACAACAAAAAAAGAUACAACAGCUGUAGGUAGAGAACCUGUGUCAACAAUUAAAAUUGAAACACUACCACCUAAAAUAGCUACACCUACUGUGGGAAAGGGGGAUGUAACUACAGGAAAGAAACAAACACCACCUACAAGUAGCACGACAGUAGCUACAACAGAUAAAAAAGAUACAACUACUGCAGAGGGAGACACUGUAACAAGAACCACUAAAACUGAUGCAACUAGAAUGGGUAAAGUGACUGUCACUGCCACAGAUGAAAAAGACACAACAGAAGCAGCAACCGCUAAAAAAGAAACAACUCCGAUUGAUAAAGAAAUUAUGACAACAAAUGAAAAAUAUAAAACCACAGUUAAACCAGACAUAGCCCCUGAAACUGAAGAAACUGUAACAACAGCUAAAAAAGAUAUAACUACUGUGGGCAAAGAGACUGUAAUGUCCCCUGAUGAAAGAGACGUGAUUACAGCUAAACCAGUCUCAACUCCUGUAGCCAGAGAGACUGUAAAAACCACAACUAAAUUAGUCACAACUCCUGCAGCUGAGGAAACAGUAACAACAACUAAGAAAGACACAACUACAGUGAGCAAAGAGACUGUAACGUCCCCUGAUGAAAGAGACGUGAUUGCAGCUAAACCUGUCACAACUCCUGCAGCCAGACAGACUGUAAAAACCACAACUAAAUUAGUUACAACUCCUGCAGCUGAGGAAACUAUAACAACAGCUAAGACAGACACAACUACAGUGGGCAAAGAGACUAUAAUGACAACAAAUGAAAAAGACAUCACUACAACUACACCAGUCACACCUUCUGCAACCAGAGAGACUGUGAAAACCUCAGUUAAACCAGUCACAACUGCUGUGGACAAAGGGACUGUAGUAACCCCAGGUGAAAAAGACACAAUCACAGCUAAACCUGUCCCAAGUCCUGCAGCUAGGGAGACUGUAAGAACCACAACUAACCCUGUCAUAACUACUAUGGACAAAGGGGCUGUAACAAAAACAGAUGAAAAAGAUCCUACAACAUUAUCAGCUACAAAAGACACAACCACUGUAGUUAAAGAUGCACCAAAGACAGCAGAUGAGAAAGUUACAGUAGUUGUGCCCAAAAAGAUCAGCAUGAUAACAACAGAUAAACCGGACAGACCUCCUGCAGUUGUGUUAUCAACAGUCACAAUUCAUGCAGCAGGAGAGACUGUAACACCACGACCUGCUAAGAUAGACACAACAACGAAAGCUAAAGAUAUUCUAACAACAACUAAAAAAGAAACAACAACUGCAAACAAAGAGAUUGUAACAAUUAAAGAUGAAAAAGACACAAUGCCAGCAACAACAGAUAAAAAAGACACAACUAGUGGAGCUAGAAAGAGUAUAAUGACAACAGUGAAAGAUACUCUAAGUACCACUAAACAGAUGCCUAGUGCUGCUAAAGAAACAACAACAACUGUGGCUAUAAAAUUAACUACUGAAGGUAAAGAGACUACCACUAUUGCUGAAGAAACAACAACUGAGAGCAAAAAGUCUACCACAGUUUCUAAAGAGACAACUACAGGAGAUAAAAAGGACACUACUACUGCAGCCAGAGAGACAAGUGUGGCUGAUACAAGAGAGACAACUACAGCAGGUACAAGAGAAACACCUUCUACUGAUAAAGAGAGAAGUACAGAUGGUAAAAAAGAGUUCACCACUGUUACCAAAGAUAAAAUUGCAGUGGAAAAAAAAGAAAAAGAAGCUGCCACAAGAGAGUCUUCAUCAACUGAAAAAAGACAGACAACUACUGUUAUCAAAGAAACAACCCCAAUAGAUAAAAAAGAAACACCACCUAAUAACAGAGAGGCAAUUACAGAAAAUAAUGACAGAACCACCAGUACCACCCCUGAAGAGACACCCACCACAGAUAAAGUCUCCCAGGGAAGUUCAGCCUCACCCAUACAAGAUGAACCCACUGUCACUCAAAUCCCACUGGUAAGAGCCACCGCCAAAACCACCAUUGACCAAAGAACUAACAAGCCUAUGAUACAAAUUACAGACUCCCGUAUUUUCCUGGGAGAGACACCAGGUAGUCAUUUUCCUUCAAGAGAAAAAGCAAAGACAGUACCAGAUGCUCCAGUGGAAAGCACAACAGGAGUUGCAUUGAUCGAAGAAUACACAAGGCCUCUCCCUACACAACAAGAUAGAAACAAAGUUACUUCUCCAAGGAGAAAUACUAUUUCUCCACUGGUUGAACAAGAAGGUAGAACCAUGGCCAAAACACCUUUCCUAACUACUGAAAAAUCCAGCCCAUAUAUAGUUACCGAAAAAAGAAACAUCUCAAACCCUAAGAAAGGACCCAGCUCAUCUCCCCUUUCUGUGAUGCCACAUCUAGAAGCUACUGUUACUGUGCCUACAAACUUUUCUACGAUGCGGCUCAAAGAACCAUCCAAUACAAAAGUUCAGUCUAAAACCACUGAGGAAACUUUUACUAAAGGAAUGGUAGCAACCCCUGUUUCUACAGAGACCACGCAAAACUCUGCACAUACGCACAGUAGACAUCCUACCACCAAGAAAAACACACCACCACCUACAACUGAAAAUCUGCAGAAACCAACACGUCCAAUUAUUCUUGAACAGGAGGAACCUAAAGGUAAUACGUUUGAUCCAACGCCUGUUCCAGACAGAACUUUACCUCACAGAAACACAGGCAGCCCAAAAGAAACCCCUGAUCCUUUUGAGGUUCCCACACAAAAUCCUCACUCUCCAAAAGAAGAUGAUUUCAAGGAGAACCCAGAAACAUUAUUCACAACUGCUUUUCCACCUAAUCCUAAAGGCAGUGAUGCAAGUAAACAGUUGAAAAGCAGUACCCCCAAAUCAGAGAUGACAACAACCACAAACUCUAAUCCUGCUCUCUCUCGAAAGCAAGAAACAACACACAGCGUUACAGCUAAUCCCCAAACUGAUCUUGUUUCAGAUAGAGAAACUACCAAGAAAAGCCCAACAGAUAACACAAGCACUUCAGUAAAAUAUACUGUAACAACUUCAACCUAUACAACUGAUAGGACUGCACAUCAUAUCCCUACAUUGCCUAGCAGAUUCAUAAGGAAUGAAGAAAGAGAAGUUAAACAUUUCCCCACUGAAACACCAUUUACAUCUUACUCAACAAAAGCUCCUGAAAGAAGUACUAUGAAACAUGCGAACUUUAAUCUCUCCAACCCAAAGGAUGACAAAAACAAGCCACUGGUUAAAAAAGAUGAUUCAGAUGGGAAGAAUUUGUGUAACAAAAAGCCAGCAGAUGGGAUGGUUGCUUUACAAAAUGGAACAUUAGCUGUAUUCCGAGGUCACUACUACUGGCUGCUGAAUCCCGAUAGCCCGCCAACAGUUUCCCCUCGUAAAAUCAGUGAAGUGUGGGGCAUUCCAUCCCCCAUUGAUACAGUCUUCUCCAGAUGCAACUGCGAUGGCAAAACUUUCUUCUUGAAGGGUUCACAAUACUGGCGCUUCACCAAUGAUGUAAUGGAUAAAGGGUAUCCCAAGCAAAUUGCAAAAGGAUUUGCAGGACUAAAUGGAAAAAUAAUUGCAGCUCUCCCAGUAGCAAGGUAUAACAACAGGCCAGAGUCUGUAUAUUUUAUCAAAAAAGGUGGCAACAUGCAGCAUUACAUCUACAGACAAGAACCAGCCAAGAAGUGCAAAAAAAAAGCACGUGUUACUAUAAGGUACCCAGCAAGACUUGUGAUAAGGAGACGUUUUGAACGUGCAAUAAGAACACAGACUGUUUACCAAACUAUCAAAAUCCAGAAAUAUUCAACAGGAAUAUUACAUGAUGAGGUCAAACUUCCUACUUAUUGGAGAGGAUUUCCAAAAACAGUUUACACAGCCCUAUCAAUCCAGAAUUACCAGAAGCCAGAUGGCUAUGACUACUAUGUCUUCUCUAAAGAUCAAUACUACAACGUGAAUGUGGGCAGCAGAAUAGUAAGAUCAGUUACUGCUAUAACAGGGCAGACAGUAUCUAAGGAUUGGUACAAGUGUCCUAACAGUGAUUUGGAACACAGGAUUUGAAAGAA